CUCAGAAAUGAACAGCGCGCGACUCCUGCGUCUCGUUGGGCAGAGCGUUGCUGCGCCCGGCGCUGCUGCCAUUGCAUCGGCGACGACGAUGGGACAGCCGGCAUCGGGCCAACUCAGCAGGCUGGCGUUCAUUCAGCGCAAUUCAGGCGUAUGGAACCAACGCUGCACUCCCGUCGUUGGACGAAUGUCCACUCGGGCCAGCACUCACAAGCAUAACACCAACCAAGUAGACAGCUUGAAGGUCGUGGCAUCCCCAGAGCGUUCGGACGGCGUUGUCGCUCAAAUCAGCGGCCGCAUUCGCACGACCGGAGGCGCAGAAUCGCCCGACCGUCACUUCUUCCUCAGGGUCGAGAACACGGGAAUGUACGGAUUUUCGGUGGCAAAAGCAAUGGCCGAAGCGGUGAUGGAGCGCAACGCCGAGUUUGUCACGUCUGGCGCGCUACCGGCGUUUGCGUCGCCAACCACGAUUGCCUCCAACGUCGAGACAGAGGUCAUCCCGCUCGUCAACCAUUGCACAAAGCAGUACUGGAAGCACCUUCAAAGCCAGUAGCGCAGAUGCAACAGUCAAGGCAGCGCUGUGUACAGAAGAAUAAAUUGUUGUACAUAUGGUAAACUUCACACACAUGAAAAUAAAUCAAUCAAAAAGAUAUA